CCUUCCUUGCGAUUGGCCGGCGCUGGAAAGCCGCGGCCUGGGCCUCGGGAGGCGAGCCGGAGAGAGAUUCAGUCUCGGUCGUGCCCGUCGCGCGUUCGCUGAUCGCCGGCUCUCUUCGGUCCAGCCCGCUCUGCCGCCACCGCCGCCAUGGCCCAAGCUGACAUUGCCCUGAUUGGACUGGCUGUCAUGGGCCAGAACUUAAUUUUGAACAUGAACGACCACGGCUUUGUGGUCUGUGCUUUUAAUAGGACAGUCUCCAAAGUUGAUGAUUUCUUGGCCAAUGAGGCGAAGGGCACCAAGGUGGUUGGUGCGCACUCCUUGGAGGAGAUGGUCUCCAAGCUGAAGAAGCCUCGGCGGAUCAUUCUGCUUGUGAAGGCUGGUCAGGCCGUCGAUGAUUUCAUUAAAAAAUUGGUACCCUUGUUGGACACUGGUGACAUCAUCAUCGAUGGAGGAAACUCUGAAUAUAGGGAUACCACGAGACGGUGUCGAGACCUCAAGGCCAAGGGAAUCUUGUUUGUGGGGAGCGGAGUUAGUGGUGGAGAGGACGGGGCCCGGUACGGCCCAUCACUUAUGCCAGGAGGGAACAAAGAGGCUUGGCCCCACAUCAAGGCCAUCUUCCAGGGCAUCGCUGCAAAAGUGGGGACUGGAGAACCCUGCUGUGACUGGGUGGGGGACGAGGGGGCAGGACACUUUGUGAAGAUGGUGCACAACGGGAUAGAGUACGGAGACAUGCAGCUCAUCUGCGAGGCCUACCACCUGAUGAAAGACGUCCUGGGCAUGGAGCACAAGGAGAUGGCAGAGGCCUUUGAGGAAUGGAAUAAGACAGAGCUGGACUCGUUCCUGAUUGAGAUCACAGCCAGUAUUCUCAGGUUCCAAGAUACUGACGGCAAACACCUGCUGCCAAAGAUCAGGGACAGCGCGGGGCAGAAGGGCACCGGGAAGUGGACCGCCAUCUCUGCCCUGGAGUACGGCGUCCCCGUCACCCUCAUCGGAGAAGCGGUCUUUGCUCGAUGCUUAUCAUCUCUGAAGGACGAGAGGACUCAAGCCAGCCAAAAGCUGAAGGGGCCUCAAAAGGUCCAGUUCGAAGGAGAUAAGAAAUCAUUCCUGGAGGACAUUCGAAAGGCCCUCUAUGCUUCCAAGAUCAUCUCUUAUGCUCAGGGCUUUAUGCUGCUAAGACAGGCAGCCACUGCAUUUGGCUGGACCCUCAACUAUGGCGGCAUUGCCCUGAUGUGGAGGGGGGGCUGCAUCAUCAGGAGUGUAUUCCUAGGAAAGAUAAAAGAUGCGUUUGAUCGAAACCCAGGACUUCAGAACCUACUACUAGAUGACUUCUUUAAGUCAGCUGUGGAAAACUGCCAGGACUCCUGGCGGCGGGCAGUCAGUACUGGUGUCCAGACAGGCAUUCCCAUGCCCUGCUUCACCACUGCUCUUUCCUUCUACGAUGGAUACAGACACGAGAUGCUGCCGGCCAACCUAAUCCAGGCUCAGCGCGAUUACUUUGGGGCUCACACCUAUGAACUCUUGGCCAAGCCGGGACAGUUUAUCCACACCAACUGGACAGGCCACGGUGGCAGCGUGUCCUCGUCUUCAUACAACGCCUGAUCAGAUUCUGUUACGUGCCACGACUCCACAGACCGGUACAUUCCACUUGCCACACAGCACUGCUUACAUGGCCCUUUGCCCUACUUUCUGCUCAGAUCUUUGAAAAUAAAGUGUCGUAAGAGACUCCUGAAGAGUCAACCCGAGUUUAUUUGUAAAGUAGCUCUGUGAGAACCAUCACGCCCUCUGCCCUCACCUCUUGGGAUGGAGCAGAAAUUGAGUGUGUGCGUGACCUCGAGAGCCCGCUCCCUGAGGCAGUGUUUCCCGCGUGUCCCCCGUGGGUUAGGGAGACAGAGCUCUUCUCACAUAGGUGGGAAAGGUUUUUGUGGAAUUUGAUCAAACUGGAGCCUUUGUAUCAUGCAGCUGAAUUCCCUUUUCCCUUUAUUUAAUAAAAAUUAAAAAAAAAAAGAAAAAUCAUA